CGCGGCGGCAUUGUUUAGGUUCAAACGAUUACAUCUAGUUUUUUUAUGUUCAGUCUUUAUCCGAAUGGAGAUGUAUUAUAACACUUGUAAGGACAAACAUCGUCAAUAGUCAAGUAUGUCGUCCACUUUAAUUAACGCUCCCAGUGAUAAAAUAAUGCUUUCUAAAGAGAAGAAGGAAAACACAAAAAUGGGCAAACAGACAGCAUCUGUCUACGCAGCCAAGAUAAAGACAAAAAUCCACAAUACAUCGUCAUUCUUCAAGCUCUCUUUGAAAACCAACAACAAGGCUCUUGCCCUGGCUCUGGUCGCUCAGAAACAGAGAAGCAGAGAGAUGGAGACCGAAGUUGUGCGGCUGAGGAAAGAUACGCAGGCACUUUAUUUUGAUCUUGCCUUUCAGCGUCAUAAAAAUAAACAACUAGUUGCCCUUAUACGUGAAUUUUAUAGCUCAUCCUGUGACUGGAUGAUAAAAGCCAAGGAUUUUCUUUUUAAUGAGGAGGGACCAGACAGUAUGGACAUAGAACACUGCUCUACUGACGGCCCAAUGUGUGAUGCGGAGAAAGAGGUUGAGUGUUCUCAAGAAGUACAAAGUAAAGAGAAACUAUUGGACUGUGUGCCUGAAUCUGUUAAAGCAACUACAGUCAAUGCAACAUUAGUUUCCCAUUGUUUCAGCAGCUCCACUGCUUCAGCCAAAGCGACUGCUUCCAGCACAGUGCGAGACAAUGCAAUGCUCCAGAAUACCAUAUAUGAUUCUGAAAUUGAGAUGACCACUACUGACAGUACUGAAGAAAUAGUGACGGCUGAAACAAAUGCAAAAAGAAACUCAAAAGUACAUAAGGAAAUUGAGCGUUUGCAUCUGUCAGGAAAAGGGAUUGAGAGGUCAUCUCCAGAAGAAGAUGGACCAACUGAAUUUGGUUCAUCAAACCGUAUAUCAGUUGUUCCAAAAGAGAUAACCACUGCACCACAACAAAGCUUGCCCACUGUUCAGAAAGAGGUGGAGAAUGAAAGAGACAAUGCAACACUUCAGAAUACCAUAUAUGAAUCUGAAAUGGACAUGACCACUACUGACAGUACUGAAGAAAUAGUGACAGUUGAAACAAAUGCAAAAAGAAACUCAAAAGUACAUAAGGAAAUGAAACGUUUGCAUCUGUCAGAAGGUAUUGAGAGAACAUCUGCAGAAGAAGUUGGACCAACUGAAUUUGGUUCAUCAAACUGUGUAUUAAACGAGAUAACCACUGCACCAGAACAAAGCUUGCCCACUGUUCAGAAUGAGGUGCAGAAUGAAAAUGAGAGCCAAAUCAAUACUUCAAUAACUGCACGUAGGAAGAUUCAUGUCACAUCUCGUAAUUCUAAAAAUAGCAGGCGUACAUGUAAACAAAAAGAGCCAAACACAGAUUCGAGAAAAACUUACGUCAUCUCUCCAGAUCCCACCAGUGAUAUUUUUAAUGAUUGUUUUAGUGAUCUGGACCUUCAGAAUUCUGAAAGACCCAAUGCAGCUCCAUGCGAUGGACAACUUUCAUCCAAAGCAGUUAAAAGUAAUGUAAUAAAGGCUCAUGCAACCAAGGAGCCUAAAAAUCAAAAUGAAAUGGACAGGAGAACGUUUAUAGUUCAAGAUGACCUUAAACCUCAGACAAGCAGAAAGACCAAAAUCUCAUCACUCAUUUUAGAUCCAGGAUUAUUGCAUGUUCCUGAAAAUUCUGUGUGCAUAGAGGCUUCAAGUACUGAUACUCACUCCAGUAAAACCAACGUCAAAGUUAAAAAACAACAAACCAAGACACUAGCACAUCCAGAUUCUCAUCUUGAACAAUGCAACAUACAGAAAAAAAGAGGAACGUUUGUGAUUCAGGACAGUCAGUUGUUUGUCAGCAGUAACCCUGAAGACAUGAACAAAACCAGUACAUUGAAGGAACUUAACAAACCAGAAGAUUUCCAAGAAGUGGCAUCAGAAACCCAAUCGACUCUAAAGCAGCAAAAGCCUGAAGAUGUUUCUUACAAGAGCAUGGUGGUACAUAGAUCUGAUCCUGAAUAUUCCCAGAAUAUUAAUAUCAGCUUUCUACAGGAAUCCUCUGAAUGUGAAUCGUUGUUGCCCAGUAAAGCUAAGAAAAACAGAAAGGAUAGGGCAGAAAGAAUAACAAAGAGAAAAGGUGCAGCAAAACAACAAAAACCGAAAGCAUCGACAAAGAAACAACAAAGAAAGUAUACCCAAGAUAAGAAUGAGAGUUUGGAGACUGAAAGGCAAGACGUGCUGGAUCUUUAUAAUGGAGGUGAAUGUAGCUCUCUGUCUAGUACUUCAGAACUAACAGGGGUGUUUCAUGAACGUAAUACAAAAUCUCUUAAAACAAACAUUGACGUUAGUGCAAGCUCCCCUUCCUCUGAUGACAAGGAUGAACAGUCUAAGAACAGCUGUAGGGAAACGUAUGUGAUUUCACCUUGUAGUUCCCCUUCUAAUGACAUAACUGACCACCUGACUUCCAGCUUCAUUUCUGAACUGCAACUUCAUCUCACAGAUGAAGCAAAUGAGGAUUUAAACAAAAGCUUGUUUCUGGAGAAGGGUAAUAUGACUUUAGACAUUUUGCAUGAACACAUCAAGGACCAGAGUCUAUUCACAGCGGAGAGACCUCCGUGGGAAUGCUCAGGUGUUUUCCAUGAGGCACUCUUAGAUGAAAGCCCCACCCACAGCCCUCAACCAGAGCCCCGAACACAGACUAUAAACAUAUACCAGGAACAGGAAUUAGAAGUAAUACAUCAACCUCCAGAAGAAAGCAGUGUUAUGAAGAGUCUAACAAAUACAGACUGGAACAUUAACUCUGAUGGUGGGAGAACACGAAGGAGAGCAAAGCCAGUGUCCUACAAAGAGCCCACCCUUAACUGCAAAAUGAGGCGUGGAGACAAAUACACUGACACCAAGUUCUUAAACUCUCCUGUGUUCAAAGAUAAGAAGAAGAAGAAGAAGCGGAUUUAGUAUAAAGGAACUGCCUUUUGAGUUUUAAAUGUUUUAAUUGAUUAGUUUC